GGAUUCAGGAUCCUUGCCAAGGCGGAGUCUCCCCAGAUAGAUGCACUAAGUCUUUAGAACGUGCUUUUUAUUUGAUUGGGAGCUCAGCAUAAAUGCUAGAGGGGCUGCUGAUCUGACAGACCACAGAGCUGACCCAUGGCUGAACCCCAACAGGACAUGAGGGAGAAGCCUGCAGGUGAAUAUACACAAGAAGGCGCAAAUCAACAGUUGCCAACUGACCCAGGUGAUAAUGCCAAACCCGAUGACACCUGCCUAGUCAGAAUUCAGAGCCACAAGGAAAAUGACUUCAUUGAAGUUGAACUGGAUAGACAAGAGCUGAGUUACCAAAAUCUACUAAAAGUGAGCUGCUGUGAACUGGGGAUUAACCCAGAGCAAGUGGAAAAAAUCAGAAAGCUACCAAACACACUACUCAGAAAGGACAAAGACAUUCUAAGACUACGGGACUUUCAAGAAGUAGAACUCAUUUUAAUGAAAAAUGGAAGCUCUGAACUGAUAGAACACAUACCGUCUCUGUUAGAGAAGCCCUGCUACAACAGCAAUGCUGCAAAAAUGACAUAUUAA